AUGUCAGACCAAUCCAUGCUGUGUGGCUGCGUCGUCGUUGCCGACAAGACGCAGCGCUACCUCGCUCUCGCGGCUACAUCUGCCCACACAACCAUUCUUUCCACCACGUCUCGCACACGUCUCACCCAGACCUAUGUCAACAACACAGGCUCUAUAGUCAAAGAAGCACGGUACAUGUUUCCAAUGUACGAUGGCGUGUCGGUCGUCGAGUUCACGUGCACCAUCGGGCCAAGAGUCAUCAGGGGCGUCGUCCGCGAACGCCAAGAAGCAAAACGCAUCUUUGACAGGGCCACGGCACGGGGCGAAGCCGCAGGCUUGCUGGAACAGAGUCUCUCGGCGUCGGAUGUCUUCAUCGCAAAGUUGGGCAAUGUGCCUGCCGGUGAAGAUGUCAAGGUGGACGUGACGUAUCUCGGGGAACUGGAGCAUGACGCUGAGAUUGACGGGCUGCGGUUUACCAUCCCAACGGCUGUUGCGCCGCGGUACGGGUAUCACGCAUAUCGAGACCUUGUUUCGGCGCCCGAGGUCAGAGUCCAGGGGAAAAUCGCCGUCACGGUCGACAUUGAUCUGGGACCGGGGUGUAUUGUCAAGUCGGUCCAGUCGCCUUCGCAUCCCAUCUCUGUCAGUAUCGGCACCAUGAGCGCGAGUGUGUCGCAACAUCCGUCGCCUCAGAUGGCGUCUGCAUCGCUGUCCCUCGGUUCCGCAGAGCUCGAAAAGGACUUUACCCUCCAGGUCGUGGCGACGGGACUCGGCGCGCCGGCCGCUCUGCUCGAAAUCCAUCCUACCAAGGCUCACCACCGUACCAUCAUGGCCUCCCUCGUCCCCAGAUUCAACCUACCUGUGGAAAAGCCAGAAAUAGUCUUCAUAUGUGACCGCAGUGGCAGCAUGGCUGGAGGCAAAACGAUGCCUAAUCUCAUCUCGGCACUCAACAUCUUUCUCAAGUCCCUGCCAGUCGGGGUUCGGUUCAAUAUUUGCAGCUUCGGGUGGGAGUGCACUUUUCUCUGGCCGAAAUCCGUCGAGUACACCCAGGAUACUCUGAACGAGGCUGUCCGCCAUGUUGCGACCUUCAAAGCCGAUUACGGCGGCACCGAGAUGCUUGCGCCUGUGCGGAAAACAUUUAAGAAGAGAAUUCAAGAAUCCAACCUUGAAGUAUUCCUCUUAACGGACGGAGAGAUAUGGGACCAGGACAGACUGUUCCACCUCAUCAACCACGAAGUGGCUGCAAGCAAGGGAGCCAUUCGUGUGUUUACCCUUGGCAUCGGCUGGGGCGUGAGCCAUUCGCUGAUCAACGGCGCUGCGAGGGCUGGCAAUGGCUUCGCCCAAGUUGCCGGAGAAGACGAGAAGAUUGACAAGAAGAUUGUUCGAAUGCUCAAGGGAGCACUCACGCCGCAUGUUUCGGACUACACCCUGGAAAUCAAGUACGACAAGUCCGAGCAAGACACUGCCCCCGACAGUGACACCGAAGCAGAUGAGUUUGAACUGGUUGAAAAGGUUGUCGAUUCGUUGACAAUUGAUGAUGCCGAGGAAGAAGCCGAAGAGCCCGGGUCUAAGGAAGCCAAGCCUCCAACUUCGCUCUUUGACCCCAGUGUCAAGAAUGAAGAUCUCGAGACCAAGGACGCCUCUGAAGAACUCGACGCACUCGAGACGAACCUGCCGCCGGUCGACGCUCCAAAAUACCUGCAGACGCCAUCGCCCAUCCCGGCGCUCUUCCCAUUCAACCGCACGACAGUGUACAUCAUGCUGUCUGACGAAACGCCUGCGCGAGAGCCAAAAUCCGUCGUGGUAAGGGGUACGUCUCGCCACGGACCGCUCCAGCUCGAAAUCCCAAUCACGAAGCUCGGCCAAACUUCCACGACGCUGCACCAGCUGGCGGCCAGAAAGGCAGUCCAAGAGCUUGAACAAGGCCAAGGUUGGCUCCGUCACGCCAAGGAUGCCCAGGGCCAGCCGCUUCGGGAGAAAUGGCCCAGCAAGUUCCCUCAGGUCGUCAAGAGAGAGGCUGUUAGGCUGGGCGUAGAGCACCAGAUUGCCGGAAAGUGGUGCUCAUUCGUGGCCACAUCGUCAGAUGCCAACGAGGAACAGGAGACUGGUGACGAUUCUCCCGUGGCACUCGACGAGGCGGACGAGGCUGGUGAUGAUUCUUGUGCGUCACUCGACGAGGCGGACGAGCUCAGCGACGACGAUGGCGUUUCGUAUAAGAGCCCGGUUGGGCGUGGCCGUCCAAUGGCGACAAAGGCAUACAGAAUAGCGACAGGGCCUGUAGAGUAUGACGACGACGAGGAAGAAGAAGAAGAGGAAGAUGCAGAAGAGGAGGAGGAGGAGGAGGAUAAUGUUGGAGUUGCCCAGGCCGAGCCUGACGCCUUGUCCCUCUUGGCAAAUCUCCAAACAUAUGUCGGCAGCUGGGAAUGGAGCCUACAGCUCGAGAAUGUACUUGGCAUCACCAAGGCCGAAGCUGUGAGCGCCAUCCAAUUCCCCAUACCGGCGGACGUGGAGGAUGUUCUGGCCACGCUAUGCGCCAUCGCCCACCUCCAGAAGAAGAUGGCUGCUGACAAGGAAUCGUGGGAGUUGAUGGUGGACAAGGCAUGUAGCUGGGUGGAGGACCAAGUCGGUCGGAUGGAAGAGGAGCUAGAGCUGUUGGGCUACAAUGGGCCAGUUGCUUGGAUGAGAAUCUUGAUGGCACUUUCGGUUCCCCCGUACUGA